CCACCUCAACAGCCGGAUAAUACUGGGGACUCCUGUAUUUGGGCCUCCUCUGAUAUUCUCCCGAUUGCAGAAGCUGUAAAAUAAAUUCUAGCCCCAUCAUGGCAACGGAGACCUUGACUGCGCUGCCCGCCACGCAGCUGCACAAACCCCAGAAACACGCAAAGCUUCCCCCCGAGAAUGAACGGUAUAUGAGAGCCUGUUCUGAUAUUGCAAACGCGCUUAUCCAAGAAUUUGAGUCCCAGCGAGACCCCACGAGGCCUAAGAAGGAUGUCAAUCUCAAUAAGCUGCGGGGUCAAAUAUCGAAAAAGCACCGGCUGAGCACCCAGCCUCCGCUGACAGCCAUUAUCUCUGCUGUCCCAGAGCAUUAUAAGAAAUACAUUCUCCCAAAGUUGAUUGCGAAACCGAUAAGAACAUCGUCUGGAAUCGCCGUCGUGGCUGUAAUGUGCAAGCCACACCGGUGUCCCCAUAUCGCCUAUACUGGAAACAUCUGCGUCUACUGUCCUGGUGGCCCCGACUCUGAUUUCGAAUAUUCUACGCAGUCGUAUACCGGAUACGAACCAACAUCCAUGCGCGCUAUCAGAGCUCGAUAUGAUCCCUUCGAGCAAGCGCGGGGUAGAGUCGAACAAAUCAAAUCACUGGGACACAGCGUGGAUAAAGUGGAAUAUAUUAUCAUGGGGGGAACUUUCAUGUCGCUUCCGGAAGAUUAUCGAGACGAAUUUAUAUCGCAACUACACAAUGCGCUCAGCGGUUAUCAGACCAAAAAUGUAGACGAGGCCGUCCAGGCCGGGGAAAUGAGUAAUAUUAAAUGUGUCGGAAUCACCAUCGAGACGCGGCCAGAUUACUGCCUAGAUACGCACCUAAGCAGCAUGCUCCGAUAUGGCUGCACGCGGCUCGAGAUCGGCGUGCAGAGUCUCUACGAAGACGUCGCCCGCGACACCAACAGAGGCCACACCGUUAAAGCCGUAGCCGAAACAUUCAAGCUAUCCAAAGACGCCGGCUUCAAGGUCAUCAGCCACAUGAUGCCAGACCUUCCUAAUGUUGGCAUGGAGCGCGAUCUCGACCAGUUCCGUGAAUACUUUGAGAACCCGGAUUUCCGCACUGAUGGCCUGAAGAUCUACCCAACUCUCGUAAUCCGCGGCACAGGAUUAUACGAACUUUGGCGCACAGGCCGCUACAAAAACUACACCCCAAACGCCCUCAUCGACAUUGUCGCCCGUAUCCUCGCACUCGUUCCACCCUGGACUAGAAUCUACCGCGUGCAGCGUGACAUUCCCAUGCCCCUGGUCACCUCGGGCGUGGAAAACGGUAACCUCCGCGAGCUCGCACUGAGCCGCAUGAAGGAUUUCGGAACCACAUGUCGCGACGUGCGCACGCGCGAGGUGGGCAUCAACGAAGUGAAGAACAAAAUCCGCCCGUCGCAGGUUGAGCUCGUGCGACGCGAUUACACAGCCAAUGGCGGGUGGGAAACGUUCUUGGCCUAUGAAGACCCCAAACAAGAUAUCCUCAUUGGCCUAUUGCGGCUGCGCAAGUGCAGUAAAACACAUACCUUCCGACCAGAGCUGACAGGCCAGCAGACUAGCCUUGUGCGUGAGUUGCAUGUGUACGGUUCUGCGGUGCCGCUUCAUGGUCGAGACCCACGCAAGUUCCAGCAUAGAGGAUUCGGCACACUGUUGAUGGAAGAGGCGGAAAGGAUUGCCAGGGAGGAGCAUGGGAGUCGGAAGAUUAGUGUCAUUUCGGGCGUUGGUGUUCGGAGCUAUUAUGCCAGACUCGGGUACUGGCUUGAUGGGCCGUAUAUGAGCAAGAUGCUGGAUCCAGUGGAGCGGCAUGACUUUGAGGGUGAGGAAGAGUGAUGGAAA